AUGGGCUUUGCAUUAAAGAAGCCGGAAGGUACUUCCGGCUCUGCCGCUCCGGCUAUCAUCAUUGGCUUGUUCGUGGCUUUUGGUGGUGUUCUUUUCGGAUAUGACACCGGCACAAUCGGCGGUAUUCUCGCCAUGAAAUACUGGCGAGAGCUAUUCUCGACCGGCUACAUCAACCCCAAGGAUGGUCUUCCCGACAUCACCUCCUCUCAGUCCUCAAUGAUCGUCUCCCUGCUCUCUGCCGGCACCUUCUUCGGAGCACUGUUUGCUGCCCCUGUUGCGGAUAUCUUUGGUCGGCGACUUGCCAUGAUCAUUAAUAGCUGUGUAUUCUGCUUUGGUGUCAUUCUCCAGACUGCCGCUGAGGCGAUUCCGCUGUUUGUGGCAGGGCGAUUCUUUGCAGGCAUGGGUGUCGGCCUUCUCUCUGCAACUAUCCCCCUCUAUCAGUCUGAGACAGCUCCCAAAUGGAUUCGAGGCACUAUUGUCGGUGCGUACCAGCUGGCCAUUACAAUCGGUUUGCUACUAGCAGCAAUCGUCGAUAAUGCCACUAAGAACCGUAAUGAUACGGGCUCCUACAGGAUUCCCGUUGCCGUGCAGUUUGCUUGGGCUAUUAUUCUUGUUGUCGGAAUGUUGCUACUUCCAGAGACGCCCCGCUAUCUGAUUAAGAAGGACAAGCACGAUCAAGCCGUGAAGUCUCUGGCUCGCCUCCGCCGUCUCGAUAUCAACCAUCCGGCUAUCUUCGAGGAACUGGCUGAAAUCCAAGCUAACCACGAAUAUGAAAUGCGUUUGGGCUCAGCAAGCUACUUAGAUAUCGUCAAAGGAUCUAUUGGAAAACGCCUAGCGACCGGUUGUGCCCUCCAAGGCCUACAGCAGUUAACAGGAGUGAAUUUUAUCUUCUACUAUGGCACCUCCUUCUUCCAGAACUCGGGAAUCUCAAACUCGUUCGUCAUUAGCAUGAUAACUAGCGUUAUUAACGUGGUAUCGACCUUCCCCGGCCUAUGGAUGGUUGAAAAAUGGGGCCGUCGGCCUCUGCUAAUGUUCGGUGCGAUCGGUAUGAGUAUCUCACAGCUGAUUGUCGCUAUAGUUGGCACGGCCGCAAGCUCGAUCGUUGCUAAUAAGGUGCUGAUUGCCUUCGUCUGCGUGUAUAUUUUUUUCUUCGCCUGCUCCUGGGGCCCCGUCGCCUGGGUCGUCACUGGUGAGGUAUUCCCGCUCAAGGCCCGUGCUAAGUGCCUCUCUAUUACCACUGCCACGAACUGGCUGUUGAACUGGGCAAUCGCCUAUGCCACCCCUUAUAUGGUUAACAGUGGACCCGGCAAUGCCAACCUACAGUCCAAGGUGUUUUUUAUCUGGGGCGGCUUCUGCGUCAUCUGUAUGGGCUUUGUCUACACAUGUAUCUACGAGACUAAGGGCCUGAGUCUUGAACAAGUGGACGAGCUAUACGCCAAGGUCCCUGUCGCCUGGAAGUCGACUAGCUUUGUGCCUACCGUCCACUUCACUGAUAUUCGCGAUGUCGCUCCCGACUCCCGCCGGGGCACCCUCGCUCAGCUUGAGGCCGAAGCGGGUGAGAAGCGCCUUGAUCCAGGGGCAGCCCACAUGGAGACUGUGGGCCCGAAGACGGAAGUCUAA